AGUGGCGCGUCUUCACAAACGUUGGUAUACGAAACGGGAUAAUCAACAUGUAGUGCUAACAAUUUUUCUAUGCAGGAGGAUAAUGUCUUACAAAGACGAUAUACUGCAGCCGCUGAAAAGCGCAGACAUUCCCAAACUAAUGAACGUUCUGAUGAAAGACCUGCCGAACAGUUCCUGGAUUUACGACUGGAUCAAAACACAACUGGACUGGCUGAAAGAGUUGAAGAGGGUUCGCGUGCUGGUUUUGUGUCCACGCGGUGACUGGACAACAGGGACUGUGAUCGCACUGAACGUUGGCUUAGCAAACAACGGAAAAGUGUUCGGAGCGAUCUACAGCAUAGAGACUGAUGGUGUGCUACUGAAAAAGUGUCUGAUCGAAUCGGAGAUGAUUCCGUGGAGGGCGAUGUCCGACUACGUCACGGUCAGCGAAGGCCACGCCAAUAUUUACCUGGAUGCUCUCAAAGUCAAGGGGUUGCAGGUCAUUCACCAUGCCACCUGCGCCAUCGCCUACAUGCCGCCCGACGAUGCUAAAAUCGUCGUUGUACCCGUACUUCCAGCGGGAGCUAGGAUCGCUCCGCUCGACGUGGACCGCGACCUGGACACCGUUUGGGACAACUGGCCUCACUUUCCCCCCGAUUUUAAGCCAGUGCUGCAAAUGAUGAUCCGUUUCAACCCUUCUUUUGGCAUUUUCGUCACUUGUGAAGACGGGAGGGAGGAACUGGCUUCCAUGAUCGUGCAGGCGUCAACCGUCGGUUUGGGAAUUUUGCAAACUCUCUCGAAACACAGGAGGAAGGGUUUCGCUCACAUCUUGCUGGCCCACGUGACAAAAAAUAUGGGUCAAGCGGGCAUUGGCAGCAUGGCUCACAUCAUCGCUACUCAAAACACGUCGAUUGUCAAGUUUAAGAAGGUUGGUUACAAAUUCAUUGGCCAGUCGAAGUGGGUUAAGAUCAACAAUUAAAAAUCUCAAAAUAAAAUGUAAGAUUUUCCACUCGUUUUUUAAUUACCGAUUAACAUGAUUUCUUUCUAGACCUGUAAAAGAAAUUGUUAUAUUUGAUUGAUGCUACUCACGUAAAAUGAUAGUUACUGUAAACCAAGAAAAAUCAAUGCAUUAUAUUAUUUAAAUGGUGACAGGCUUUAAAAUUAAUUUUCUUUAAGAAAAGCCAUAAACUAACUUUUACUAAAAUCAUAUAGUCAAAUUAUGUAUGUUCCAAAUCCUCAGGUACCCUCUUAAAAUAUGUGUGUACAUAUUGAAAUGUCCAUUAAUUUUAAUACGGCUGUGGAGCGGUACGUGAAUAGAUUGAUUGCGCUGUCAUUGUUACUUACUUUAAUGAACGAGUGAAGUUCAUUGAGUCGAUUGCUAGCAUUUAUGCUUACAUCUCCAAUCCAUCAAUGACAUUUGAAAUCAUUUUGCAAUGCCAGCGACAUUUUUUUUAACAAUAAUGAAUAAAGAUUUUUAAUUAAAUCAUA